CUUUUUGUAAGUUUUGUUUAUAUUGCAAAUUAGGUUUCCUAUAUACCUAAGGAUUUUGUAUUCACAUCCUUUUAUAAUAAAAGGCUCUACCUAAAUUGUGACAAAGCUAAAAUGAACAAAAUAUCAUGUGGAUCUGGAGAUAAAAUAGUAUUAGUUGAAGAAAUUGGUUUCAAAAAUGACGAAGGGAAAGUCGUUACCAAAAAUAUAAAGGAGCAAAAUAUUAUGGUGAAAGAAUUUGGUGAUAAAAAUAAUACAAUUUUUUUUAGUAAAAAACAAUGUGAAGUGUGUGCGAGUCAGCCCAACGAUUUUUAUGAAAUCAAUAAAAAUAAUGAGGUUGCUAAGUCAAGAAAUGCUAAUACCAAUCUAGAUGCUGAUGAACUAGCUGAUGUAACGUGUAGGAUCACUGAAUAUGGAAGUAUUCUAGAUUCUCUAAAAGUAGAUAAUGAAAGAAAAAAUCUACAAGAGUGUCACAAUAAGACGAUUGAAUUCGAAAGUGAAACGUAUGAAGAAGGAACAGCUGGAGACAUUUUAGAUGAUCUAUCGUAUCCAACAAACUUUUUUACAACUACUGUAGAGAGCAAACUUUGUGCUGACAAAGAGUUAAAAGAAUAUGAAAGUCAAUUACAAUCUUACCAAAGGACAUUAAAUGUCGCUCAAAAUGUUAAAAAGAAUGCCAUUCGCAAACAAAUGCUCGCUAAAGCAUUUAAGUUAAAGCUCCUGGAGGUAGAAAAUCAAUGUAACAUUGAAUUAUUGCGUAUAAAACAAAACUUACAAUGUCUCGAACCAUUAAAAAUGAUCGCCGAGUCUUGGAAGACUGAGAAACACGAAAUCGAUUUGAGCAAGUACGAUCUUUCACCCCUGUAUCCUGAUAUUCUACUAAACACUGCUAGCGACAUAAAUUCGUCCAAAGAUACCCAGGAGAAACAUUAUAAAAAUAACGAGUAAAUAAAAAAUUCACCAAACAUUAAAAAUUAAAUUAACGUGCUACCAAAUUAAUGAAAUGAAACGAUAUUACGUUAUUAAAAAAGAAGCAAAAUCCGAAAGCAAAGUGCGAAAAUCAGAUUUCAAUAAAUCAAAGGCGAACGAGACCUCCGCAGUGGACCACACACGUAGAGGCACGCGCUUCGAAUGCUGCCGACUUUUUAUUCUGCCGCGGGACCGGCGCUCGUGCGCGCUCGGCAAUCGUCGGCCGAGAUCGGCUCCGUCAACAUAAACCUCUGCGCCAGCGCCUUCAGUUAGGAACUUGAAUUUUAUUUUAAUGGGAUUCCAAUUUGUCAAUUAGGGAACAACGCAUGAGCAGAACUGGUUUUACUUCUUUACACCUUAUGUACGAUACGGGUAAUUUGUGAGCUUCUCAAAAUCUAUAAUUGACUUUAACUCUUGAAUAAAGUUUUGGAUUUUC